GUAGUUGGAUGCUCUCCGCCCUUGUCGUCCAGCCUCUGCCUCCCUUGCCGCUGCUACAAGCUUGGAUGCGUGCCUUCGUCUCUGACUUUUAAGUUUUAACUCUCUUUUGCUCCGCCACUCGAUCGAUCUUGCCGCGCCGUGGGGGUAACGUACGUUACGCGGCGUACGUCCGACGGCAACCGAAUUGCCUUAAAUCGAUCCCGUCACCGGCCGGCUUGGGAAACGCGCGUCGUCGAUGGAGUGCCUGCUGGGGCUGAUCAAGGUGCGGGUGGUGCGCGGGGUGAAGCUUGCCAUCUGCGACCCCCUCACCCACAGCAGCGACCCCUACGUCGUCCUCCGCCUCGGACAACAGAAAGUAAAGUCCAGUAUCAAAUAUAAAACCAUCAACCCAGAGUGGAACGAGGACCUCACCUUGUCUAUCACAAACUGGACGAUCCCGGUUAAGAUUGAAGUCUUUGACCAUGAUACUUUCACCAAGGAUGACAGCAUGGGCGAUGCAGAGUUCUCCAUCCUCGACUUCGUCGAGGUCGCCAAGAAGGACCUGACCAAUGUCUCGGACGGCACAGUGAUGAAGACGAUCCACCCUGAGAACGAGAACUGCUUCGCGGCCGAGAGCCAGAUCGUAUGGAAGGAAGGCAAGGUUUCCCAGGACAUUGUCCUGAGGCUGAGGAACACCGAGACCGGCGAGCUCAUCCUGCACCUGGAGUGGGUAAGCAUCCCAGGUCUCGGGCAUUGAAUCGCAGCAGCAAAAAUAUGGCUGGUGACGUCCAUCGUCUAAUUUCUAUGAUUGUAUGUAAUGUUGCUCCCUUUAUGAGGUAUGGAAAAUAAGCAACAUCCUGGUGAGAUCCUGACAUCAGUAGGAUGGGUGCUAUGUAAGGCAACAGGCUUAUGCUACUGGGGUAAUGCUUGUUUUCAGUUUUGGUUCUCCAAACGUUAUAUGGCUUUUUAAUCCACAAAGGUAUAUUUUGUCCUGAGACACCUGUAUAGAUUCUCCAUAUAAUUAUACUACUCCCUCCGUCUCA